AUGGCAGCUAGACGAUGGGCUUCCACAUCGUCUUCUUCUCCUUCACCCCAAUCGACGGACAACUCGUCCUCAGUUACGGCAGAUUCGGUCAAGGCGUCAUUAGCGUCCUCGAAGGAUGUCUCCACCUCGACCUCGUCGUCUUCUCCACCUUCGACCGAGACCAAGGCCAUCGACACCCGACCGAUGCACAAACGAGCCUGGGCUACCAUCAAAAAAGAAGCCGCCCACUAUUGGGCAGGAACCAAGCUCCUCGGCUCCGAGAUCAAGAUUUCCAGCAAGAUCACCUCCAAGCUGCUCAAAGGUGGAAGCUUGACCCGUCGAGAGCGACGACAACUCCGACGAACGACCAACGAUCUGUUGAGGUUGAUCCCGUUCUCGGUCUUCUUGAUCGUACCGUUCAUGGAACUGCUGUUGCCCGUCGCUUUGAAGUUGUUCCCCAACAUGUUGCCUAGCACGUUCGAGGGCAAGCUUGCUGCCGACGAGAAACAACGUAAAGUCCUCAGAGUCAGGAUCGAGAUGGCCAAGUUCUUGCAAGAGACCAUCAGCGAGAGCGGGUUGCGAGCCGAAAAGGUCGUCAACAGUGACGAGUUUAAAGAGUUUUUCCGCAAGGUCCGAUCGACCGGAGAGAAGGCCUCUUCGGAAGAUGUCAUCCGCGUGGCCAAGCUCUUCCAGGACGACAUCACCCUGGACAACUUGUCCCGUCCUCAGCUCGUCAGCAUGUGCAGAUACAUGAACAUCAACGCCUUUGGAACGGACAACUUCUUGAAACAUCAGAUUCGGGCUAGAUUGGAGAAGAUCCGGGUAGACGACAUGAUGAUUCACGCCGAGGGUAUCGACUCGCUCUCGACCAAGGAACUGCAACAAGCCUGUCAAUCCCGUGGAAUUAGGACGAUCGGGAUCUCACCCUCGAGGCUGCGAGAAGAAUUGGGACAGUGGAUCGAAUUCCAUUAUACGAGCAGGAUCUCUGGGGUCUUGCUCAUCUUGAGCAGAGCGUUCCAUUAUGAUCAGCAGGAAGAGGGUGUCUAUAGGAGUUUGGAGGCGACUUUGAGCAGUCUGCCCGACAACCUGUUGAACGAAGCCGAACUCGACGUCUCGGGAGAAAAGGCGUCGUACAAGGAAAAGCUCGAAGUCUUGCAGCAACAGCAAGAGCUCAUCGAGGACGAGGCCGAGCAGGAGCAGGAAGAGACCGAGGCGAGGGAACAGGCCAAGAGGGAGAAGAAGGAAAAGGAAGAGAGGGAGAGGUUGAGCAGGUUGGAAGAGGAGGCCAGGUUGGCCAAGGACAUGUUGCCUGGGGAUGAGUUGACGGAACCUGCUGCCGCUGCCGCUGCCGAAAAGGACGGCAGGAUGACCAAGGAACAGCUCGGCGAGUUGGCCGAGGCCUUGUCCAUCUUGUCGGCCAAGUCCUCGAUCGUCAAGGAGAGGGACGAGCUCAAGCAGUUGAUGUCGGAUAACAUCGCUUCGGAGGAGGAAUCCAAGCUCAAGCCGGUCGACAAGGAGACCCCCGAGGUCUCGCUCAACAAGCGUAUCCGAAAGAUGAUCAAGACGAUCGACAACCAGCUCGAGACGUACGAUGAAAAGGUUGGAUCGUCAUUGAACACGAUCCAGUGUAACCCUCAAGGACAGAUCUCGUUGGACGACUUGAAGAGCGCCAUGCAGGUCAUCAAGCACAAGCCGGAUGACGAGACGAUCGAGGCCGUCUGUCAAAAGUUGGACGUGGAUCAGGACGGUUUCGUUGUUCUCGACCACGUCGUCGAACUGACACAGGAUAUGGGCCUCGGAAUCAUCGUCGACGAUCAGGCCAAAAAGAUCCUCGACAAGGGUGCCGAGAUCAAGGAUACCAAGCCCAAGAAGGAGGACAUCAUCUCCGACUAG